AUGGCUCCUCAAUAUCUGCUCAUGGCGUUUAUCCCAGCCUUGGUCGCCGUCGUGACUGCUCAAGACCAGCCGCUACUGUCCACUAUCUCAACUGUCCCAGAGCUUUCGUGUUUCUCUGCCGUCAUCCUGGCCAGCGGAGGUAGUGAACCCAACCCGGCUUUUGAAGAAAGAUUCAACUCUGUUCUAGACGGGAGAAAUUACACAGCCUUGGCCCCAACCAACGAUGCUGUCAACAAGAUAGCGCCAUCUGUGGUGGAGGCGUUGACUGCCGCGCCCGCCUAUCCGAUUUUUGAGUCGAUCAUCCGGACUCACAUUGCCGAGGGCUUCGUCACCUCUGCUGACGUCGUGAGAGCCUCACCUUUCGAGGCCAUCGAGGGUUUCCCAAUCUCUGCCACAGCGGUCGGCGGCGAGCAAGCCAUCCUCGUCAACAACCAAGCGCAGAUAGUCGCCGUGGACACGUUAGCCUCGAAUGGAGUAAUCCACCAGAUUGACCAAGUCCUAAACCCUUACACAGACUACUUUGGCAUUAGCAACACUACCGCCCCGCCAACCACAUCUGAGACGGAUGGCACCGUCGCCGAUAUCCUGCUCGGCGACGAGAGACUCACCACAGUCCGCGACAUCCUCCAGGCACUGAGUGCGGACUUCGUCAGCACCCGCCUCGCCCUGGCCAGGGCAGGCGGCACGCCGCAGAUCUUCGCCGUGCCGUCGAAUGACGCGUUUGUCGGCCUCCCCGACAACACAGUCGACGCGUCUGUCGCGCCGUCCAACCAGGCCCUAUCGUUGCAGCUCUUCAGCUUCGGCCUCCUCGCCACGGACGCUAGGUUCGCGGACCUGGAUUUCGCAGGCGGCCCGAUCAGCGUCGCCAGCACGUUCACGGGCAUCAACGUCACUGCGAGCCAGGUCGCGGGCGGCGCGACCUUCCUGAACAACGCGGGGAUACAGGAGCAAGUGUGUGGGUCGAAUGGGUGUGUCUGGCUUCUUGAUCGUAUCCUGGAUCCGCUUUAUUUGGCUUUUGGGCCGCUGAAUAGGGAUGCGGCUAGUCCAUCAGUUUAG